AUGGCUUUCCGUGAUAAGUGUUGCUUCUGCAUUAGCCUAAAAACGGGCACCUUGCUUCUUGCUAUUCUUGGCACCAUUUCCCAUUUCUAUGGAGCCAUUACUCUUACUGCACUUUCCGACGAACUCAAGAAUGUUGAUGGUGGCACAGUCUUUGGUUUGACAAUGUACUCAUAUCUCUCUGGAUUUGCUUGUCUUGCUGGUGCUAUUGGUGUCGUAAAGCACAAUGCCAAGCACCUUCGUCUAUUCUCAUCAUUCUAUUGGAUCGAUCUUGCUCUUCACAUGUUGUUCUCAGUGGCAAGUGCCUACUUGCUAUUCAGCAUGCACACCGAAAUCUGCGAGCAAGUUGUACGAGAAGCGCCCAAUGAUGAACCCAUGGAUAUGGAAUCUUGCGAAUCCGUUUACAGUGCUAGCGCAUGGUUAGUCACUCUCGCCAUGGCCAUCAACAUGCUUAUCAAGCUCCAUUUUGCUUUUGCCAUCCAUCGUUACACCAAUGUCGUUAAGCGAGAGCAGGAACAAGAGGAGAAUUGGGAUGCCCACGUUGUUGUUGCUGCCCCUCCACCCGUUUACGAGCCUUCCGAUAAGAAAGAGUUUAUCUUUGUUGCCGGCAAGGAAUAUAUUCCCGACGAGAAGCAGACACCUGCCAACAACAACAAUCAAUCUUAA